UGUUUCUUUCUUUUAAAUAAUUGUGUAUUUUUUUGACUGUUAGUAAAGAUAGAAUAACAAAAAUGUGGAAACUAGUAGAAAUAUCCCAACAAACAAAUUUUAUAUAUUGUAAUUUUAAUGACAAUACACAGGAGGUCACAUUUAUUUUAUACGAUUUAAAAGAGACAUGGAGUCAAAGAUUGUCUCUGACUGAUGUUAAACAAAAAGUUAAGCUUUUAAAUAAACGCUUCGACUUUAGUGAAGAUAAUAUAAAGGAGGCCUUUACAAGUGAUGCCCCACAAUCUGCUGCCAUAGAAGAACAAGCCCACACAAGUGCCAUAAAUGUGGACACUUGUAUAUUGAAGCUCAAGUAUCGUGUUAAAAAUUGCCCUUUUAACUAUGAAUGGACCUUGAAGAGACAAACAGUGAUAGAGUUUCAGAAAACCUUUGUCCAACCUCUGUUGAUGGCUUUAUUGGGUUGUCAUCAGCAAGUUGAGAUUUUAACCGAGAAUUUACGCAAAAAAGAUAUCGAGUUACAACAGUAUCGUAUAGAAAAGGGACUUUUAAAUAGAAAAACUUUGGCUACUAAACCUUUUGAUUUGGAUGAUUUUAAUAAAAAAUAUGAAGAUUGCAAUACAAUAGCUAUAAAUUUUACAGAAUUGGCAAAAUAUGUCAAAGAAACCGCUUCAAAUCAAGUACCUGAUAUAUUAAAUAAACCUGCUAAUGUUAAUAAAAUUGAGAACGAUAUUAAACCGCAAGAAAAUUUAAAUGACGUUCAAAUUACAAAUACAAAACUUAGUCCGAGACAAAGAAAACGUAAAGUUAAUGAACAAAAACUGCAACUUUUGGAAAAACAUCUUAAAGUACGUAGACAGGGCUUAGAAUAUGAAAGUAGUCAAAGUCAAGCUCUCAGUAGUGGUGAUAGUCAAACCAUUGAAGAAAAGGAAGAAACCCACACGAAACAACCACAAAAAAGGUCUACAAGAGAAGCUGCUACAGAAUCUAAGAUUGAUAAUAAAUCACCUACUCGUAAAAGUGCUAGAUGUACACCAACUAAACAGAAAAAAUAUUAUAUGUCCAGUGAUGAUUCAGAAAGUGACAAUCAUUUGAAAACAAUUAAAGAAACAAAACCUACAAGAGAUUUGGUUAAUCUGACAAAAGAUGUCAGCACUAAUUCCAGUAAGGAACAUAAUACAAAGAAUCCUGAUAAUAACUCAAAAGAAACCACACGAAAAUGUGUAAAAUCUGUUAAUCUUGCGUAUAAUUGUCAAACAAAAUCACCCGAAAAAUCUUCUCAAAGCUCGAAUGUUUUUGACUUUUCUACAGACACUGACGAUGAUAAACCAUUAAAAGAAAUAAGGCAAUUAUUACAAGCUAAAAACUCCAUGUUGUCUUUAAGAGCAGAUCGAGGUGGUCGUUUGUGUAAUAUUUCCCAGGUUGUUGAAAAGAUAUCGGUUGAGAGUGUGGUGGCAAUAACAUCACUUUCGCCAACACCUGUUCAGAGUGUGGUGGCAAUACGCUCACCUUCGCCUAGAAGCAAAAACUUGAGUCAACCGCCAACACGUGUUCAGAGUGUGGUUGCAAUAAGCUCACCUUCGCCAAGAAGCAAAAACUUGAGCCAUUCUCCAACACCGGUUGUUAUGGAUGAACUAUCUUCACAAUUGAGUAAUAUUAAGAAGGAAUUGGAAUGUUUGGAAGCAAUGCGUUUGGCCGAUUUGAAGCAACGCAUGUGUAAAGCUUAAAUAACACAUUAGGAAUUUUAAUAAGAAAUGUCAAUUAUAUUUUGAAAAAAAGUAUAAUUUGCUUAAAGCACGUCUUAAUUUACUAACGACGUCAAACUACUGGUAGUUCUAUUACAUUUGCAAUUUUUUUCAUAUUUUAAAUUUUUAUUACAUUAUUAUUGUUAAGAAAUAAAUAAAACUAUUAGGAAUUAUUAUAAAUUGUUGAACAGUUUUAUUAAAAAAUCGUGCACGUGUUCUUAAAACUGCCCAAUUGUUUUUUUUUUUAAAUUUUUUAACGAUUUGUAGCAAUUUAUUUAUGAAGUUUAUGUUUUUAUUGAUAUAAAUCAGUUAAACUUUUCCAUGAAAUUUGAUGUAUUUAUAAUUGACAAAAUUUUGCAUCUAGUAUAUUUAACAAAUUAGCCUGUAAUUAACUUUAGAACUAUGGAAUCUAAAGUAAUAAAAAUAUAUUUUAUAUUUUACAUAAUAUCUGUUUAAUAAAUAUAGAUUCUGUGGAGUCCAAAAUAAAAAUGUUAUGAAUCUUAAUAAA